GUGUGUCGUGAGCUCUAAGCACGUGAGUGUGUGUUGUCAUCUGCUGCUGCGCGAUAAGGAACAUUUUGUCAAGAGCGUACAAGACGAAAAGCGGGAUGUAUCUAUAUACCGUCCGCGCAUUGGCUGACGCCGAGGUAUGCUACCGACUCGGCUGCGUGGACGCGGGCAUGAAGAAAGGAGCGCCGACUGACCCAACGAUACUUUGACUGCGCAUGUGUGCCACUCAAGUGCAACAGCUUCACGAGGCAUCCCAGGCCCCGAAAGAAGUUGGAAGAAGAUGCAAGAGCUGCAUGCCAAUGUUGUUGCCUGAGCCAAAGGUGCCAACAUGUUGCUGCUCUGCUGUUUGCCAUCCGUGGCAUUCAGACACCAUCCUGCACAAGCAUUCCAUGUAGAUGGAUGGCACCAACGCAUGGGCGACGCGAGUUUCCCCGGAGGAGGUACUUGGGCCGCAAUCCCCGCAUUCCGUUCACGAGCACCCAGGUGUCGGCGCUGGAGGCGCAGUUUGCGGUCACUCGGUAUUUGAGCGGUGCGCAGGUGCACAGCAUCGCCGUCGCAUUGGGACUCACCGAGACCAGGGUGAAAAUCUGGUUCCAGAACCGUCGUGCCCGGGAGAAGCGUGAACGCCAGCCUCACGAUGUAACCGAACACGACUCCACAGCGGCACCUUCCGCUCCAUUACGAGCAUCGCUAGCAGCUGACACCGUUCGUCUGACGCCGACACUGGGCUUUGACAUGUCCCGGCCACUACAUGAGUGGUUGAACUCCCCAACAGUACUUGCACCUUCAGUUCUGGAGACGGGGACUACUAGGCAAUUCUCACUGAAUAGAAGCGGAACCAACUUCUCUCCGCCUUUUGGCUACUGGCCAGGGCUGCCAGUGCCGCAGUGGAGCAUGCAAGGAACAUGGAGUUUCACCCUCACCUUCCAAGUGGCUCCUCCCAUCACACAUCAAAUGUGCACCAAGAAAGGCCAAUGUUGUGGUGUAGAGAGGCCUUGACAUGCUUGGCAUUCAAUAGCACAAUGACGGCAUGGCUUACUCACAAACUGGAGCGUGCAUCAUUUGCUUGUGAUCUACCAUGCCAUGAUGUCGUGAAAUCAUGGAGCCACACUGCCUUUGACAUUUUUAAAUGUUCGCAUUAAGGAUCAUAUAUUUCUUGUGCACAGAAGCAAUAUAAAGUUUCAUAGUGUAAUUAACUGACUGGCAGCUACACUGCAUAAGAAAAAGAUUGUGCCAGGACUACUUAAAUUCUGCAAUGUUUAAAUGAGCUUGGCCCAUUCUUGCAAUAUUACACAUUUCAGAUGAAUGCAGGUCACUCAUUACAGUUAUGCCAGCUUUUGUACUUUUUAGACAUGCAAUGUUUGUCCCAGUUUUAUACGGCGAUCAUAGAUAGCCACACCACGUUGGUAGAAUAAUUCAGAAGUAAAUUUUAGUAAAAGCACCACUUAUGCCCAGGCUUAGACUAUGCCAGUGUAAUUUGUAAUUCUCAUCAGCAAUACCAAAUCAAUAAACUUGGAACGUGUUCAGAAAUUGGCAGCAAGAUUUAUUUACUCUUCUUAUCGAUGAACGCAAUCUGCAACAGCCCUGCUAACAAGGGCAGGACUGCAAGUGCUAAAUGUCUGGAGAAAAAUAGCCUGCCUAUAAAGUUCCGUUAUCAGUUGAACGGUAAAUUUAACUCGACUCACCUGCUCGCACCUGGAAGAAUGUUUUUUUUUUCUAUAACUCACGAGUUGAUGUGUACAAAUAUUCAUUUCUUGUUCACACUAUAGCUAUGUGGAAUAACCUUGUUCCUCAAGUUUUCAAUGGUGUUGAUGGCUCGACUUUUUUAAACGGAAUUUAGAGUUUUAUUUUUUUAUAAGUUGUAUUAUUAUAGUAUUCUUUUUCUUGUGAUGUGUAUUUUUAUCGAUGACAGAGUUUACUCUAUUGUAUAUGCACAUCCCACCCUGUAAUAGCCCGUCUGGGCUUACAGUAUCUAAAUAAUAAAGUAAAAUGGGGUUGCUCCAUGUUGAGGUCUACAAGCAUGGCAUUGUAAAUGGGCGCCAGAAGCAGCAGCUUUUCAAGGUAUUUUGCCGCACCAUGCAAAGUCCAAUUAUUGUGCCCCUCUCCACUCUCGCUGGUAAAACCUGCUGGUGAACAAGGGGCUUUCAAGAUAUGCUGUGCAGUUUCUAAAAUGCCGCCGGA